GGAUUCGGUUGAAGACACAGUCCAUAGAGUGAGAGGAUCAGUAUGUACUGAGGGAGGUAUGCCAAGAGGUUCGUACCCUCUGAGUCACUAUGGGAUGGAUGUGCCUCAUCUGGGCAACAGUCUGAUGGAGGCGGAUGGGCGUCAAGCCAAACAGUGGAGAUGUUUGUUCCCAGAAUGUGGGUAUGUUACCGACAGGGAAUCCUGGCUCAGGCAGCAUUAUCGCAAACAUACUGGUGAGAAACCCUUCUCCUGUCCAUAUUGCUCAUUCAGGUCUGCUCAGAAGGGUAACCUUAAUGUUCAUAUAAAGAGAGUUCAUGGUUCUGACCAGUUCAAUGCUGAUGGAUCUGCCAUUAAAACAGAUUUCCUUAACAUUUCAUGAAGAAAGAAGGCACUCAGUGUAGUCUCCCCAGUGCUUUAAAACUGGCCCAAGGGCAUAGCUUUGCUAUUAUUCACUUAUUGUUACAGAGAUGAGGACCCUAAGUGAAUGCAUGUUCAGCAGAGUAGAAGUUGUUAUGAGUUUUACAAAGAAGUCAUUACUGUUCAAUUUAGCUUGUGCUUUGUACAGUUUGGUAUAGUUUUUCUUAAUAUCAGAAAACAAUUGUAACCACUAAUUACACAUAAGAGUAUGCAAUAGUUGUAUAGGUAAUUCAUUCAAGGCUUCAGGUCUUGAUAUUUACACUUGCAUAUCACAUGUCACUGAACUAGCAGAACAAGGGUUCUUGCAGGGUUACUUAGAAUCCCACACAAAUAAUGAUAGGAAACCCAAAAGUAAUCACUAACUUUUUCCUCUGUAUGUACCACAACAUACUUUAAUGCAUGUGAUGGAUAACCUCUGAUGUGUAAAAAUAUCUAGUAGAUGAUUUUGCCACUACUGUAUAUAUUUAACUUUAUUUAUUUAUGUAUGUAAACAGUAGGGUUGGGCUAUUUGUAGUAUGAAAAGAAUUACUUUGCAACACAUUUGAAACUCACUGAUGGUACCUUUACCUUACAGUACCUGUUGGACAUAAAUUUAUUAUGGAAUGUGAAGACUUGACUCAGGGAUUAUUCCUAUAACUAUUUCUGGAGAAGCAGAAGGAUGGAUUGGGCCAUUUUAUAAUAAUUUUAUUUCUAGUCUUUUGACAUUAAAACAUCAGGAUGUCAUAAAAGUACUCCAGAUAUGUAAAGGAUAGAUUUUAUACUAGGAUUAGUUUUAGGUAAUACAUUGAAUGUGGUGGCCAUUUUCAAUUACCUGUACAUCAUUUUUUACAGUUGGCAUGUAUCAGAUAUCAGUGAAAUAUUUUCAGUUUUUUUUUUUCAGAUUAAGAUGCAAUGGAACAUGCUUUUCAUUUAUCUGAACUAAAGUAUUGAAUAUUGUAAGUAUAGUUAUGGUGUAUUUUAAAUCAUAUAACUGUAGUUGCUGUCCCCCCAAAAAAUAUUUGUUAAAUGAUAAAAGAAAUAAUUGAUUUGAUUAAUACAACUGUAUGAAGACAUUUACGUGAAAGACAGUGUUGUGUACCAUGCAUUGUGCUUGUUAAGAAUGAUGAUAUAAAAAAAGAGGGGGAAAUGAUAAAAGACCAGGUCGUGUAAAUGUUCAUUAUGACUUUUGCAGAUAAGCAUCUUGCUGAAUACUUUGUACCUAAUUUUAUUAGCCAAAUGUAAUAACAAUUUUCUUUGUAUGUGCAAUACAAAAGGAUUCUUACAUUGCUGUAAAUGAUACAUUCAGAGUGCCAAAUAAGGAAAGAAAAGAAGUAUUCUUAAAAUCAUCUUAUGAGAAUAAGGGCUUUGAAUAUUCCGGAGAAAAAAAAUUAAAAGGAAAGGCAAGCAGCACCAAGCUUUUGCUGAUUGUGUUGAAGCUCUUUACUUUCUCCUUGAAAAUGUACUAUUGUAGUCACAAAAUUGGAUAUCAGUUAUUGCCAUAGUCAGAUUACUGUAAUAGUUUGUAUAUUAUAAUUUAUGAAGAUGUUGAGUUUACAGAAAUGAUAUUCUUAUCUACAAAUGUAUUUGUUUUUCCUAAGCAAACUCUUAUUUAUUAUAAAAAAAACACAUUUUAUUUGUACAAAUAUUUUAUAGGUGAAAAUAUACUCUGUAUAUAAAUAUACAGU